AUGAGAACCUACAAGAAGAUGGCUAUGAUUGUUUACAAUCUUGUUCUCUACACACUCACAUCUAUCAUCACUUGCUUCUUCUUCUCCUCUCCCUUUUGGUUCCCUUCCAUCUCCGGCCACUUUGUCUUUUCCUCUCUCUCGGACAAAGUUUCACUUUGUUUCAAUGCCAAAUGCUUCUUCGUCGUGGGAAAUCUCAUCGUCUUGAUCCUCGUUGGGGAGUCCAAGCUAAAGCGAUCUUCUACUCCACCAGAUAUCUAUGAUGAAUAUGUUGCGAGGAGUCGAAGCACCAGCAUCCAUAAGGAGAAACGUGUAGUUGUUGGUGAAAGUGGGAUGGUGAAACCUAGGGUUAAAAAAGAGGAGAGGAUUAAGUUGGGAAUGAGGAGUAGCAAAAGUGCGGUUUGGGGUGAAAGUGGGAUGGUAGAAGGUGAAAAUAGAAUCAAGGUUAAAAGAGAUGAGGGGCUUCACGGCGGUGAAAAGAUAAAAGUGGGGUCGAUGAGGAGUAGCAAAAGUGCGAUUUGGGAUGAAAGUGGGAUGGUGAAAAGUGAAAAUAUUAUCAAGGGUAAAAACGAGGGGUUUCACAACGGUGAAAAGAUGAAAGUGGGGUCGAUGAGAAGUAGCAAAAGCGUUGUUUGGGGUGAAAGUGGGAUGGUGAAAAGUGAAAAUAUUAUCAAGGCAAAAAAGGAAGGGUUUCAAGAUGGUGAAAUGAUAAAAGUGAGGUCCAUGAGGAGUAGCAAAAGCGCGAUUUGGGGUGAAGGUGGGAUGGUGAAAAGUGAAAAAAUUGUCGAGGGUGAAAAUAAGGAGGGAUUUCAUAGCGGUGAAAAGAUGAAAGUGGGAUCGAUGAGAUGUAGCAAAAGCGCAGUUUGGGGUGAAAAUGGGAUGGUGAAAAGUGAAAAUAUUAUCGAGGGUGAAAAUAAGGAGGGGUUUCAUGGCUGUGAAAAGAUGAAAGUGGGAUCGAUGAGAAGUAGCAAAAGCGCGAUUUGGGGUGAAAGUGGGAUGGUUAAAAGUGAAAAUAUUGCCGAGGGUGAAAAUAAGGAGGGGAUUCACGACGGUGAAAAGAUUAAAAUGGGAUCGAUGAGGAGUAGCAAAAGCGCGAUUUGGGGUGAAAGUGGGAUGGUGAAAAGUGAAAAUGUUAUCAAGGACAAAAAGAAGGAAGGGAUUCACGACGGUGGAAAGAUGAAAGUGGGAUCGAUGAGGAGUAGCAAAAGCGCGGUAUGGGGUGAAAGUGGGAUGGUGAAAACGGAGAAAGCUAAGGGUGAAGAAGAAGAAGAAAUGGGAAUGGUUUUGUUUGAUGGCGAGACUGUUGAGAAGGAAACAGCUAGGGUUAAAAAAGAGGAAUUCACCAAGAAAAAUGAAGAGAAGAAAAUGGGGAUGAGGAGUUGCAGAAGUGAAACUGAGAUUGUAAGAUUGGGAAAAACAGUAGCCAAAGAAGAAGAGGAGGAACAGCUUAAAAUGUUGAACAAAAGGGUUGAAGAUUUCAUUGCAAGAGUUAAUAAGCAAAGAUUAAUUGUUUGA